GCCGCAGCCGCCGCCGCCCGCGCUGAGCCCCGGCACGGCCCGCGGCCCGCGUCCGGCGGCAGCAUGAGCCAGGCUGAGCUGUCCACCUGCUCGGCGCCGCAGACGCAGCGCAUCUUCCAGGAGGCCGUGCGCAAGGGCAACACGCAGGAGCUGCAGUCACUGCUGCAGAACAUGACCAACUGCGAGUUCAACGUGAACUCGUUCGGGCCCGAGGGCCAGACGGCGCUGCACCAGUCGGUCAUCGACGGCAACCUGGAGCUCGUGAAGCUGCUGGUCAAGUUCGGCGCGGACAUCCGCCUGGCUAACCGCGACGGCUGGAGCGCGCUGCACAUCGCCGCGUUUGGCGGCCACCAGGACAUCGUGCUCUAUCUCAUCACCAAGGCCAAGUACGCGGGCGGCGGCCGGUGAUGCCCGCCGGGACCGGACGUGGGCCUCGAGCGUGUCGCCUGCUGUACCUUCCCGCCAACUACCUCGGUGCGCACCGCGGCCACCACGAGUCCGGCGCGCGCGUCCGCGCCCACGGGGGGCCCCGGGGUCGCCGCUCCCGCGCGGCCGCCCGGACCUGGGCCGAGGGCUGCCCACGGCCGCCGCUGCCGCCGCCUGGCUGGGGGAAGGGGCGGUGCUCGGGCUGCAGCCCCUUUGAAAUCUGAGUCUGGCCACCAGCGAGUUCGGAGUCCCGAGACACCGGAUCCUCGGUCCAUGCGUUUCUCCGGAGGCGGAAGGCGGGCGGCGGGGCUCGGGGGUCGGGGCGCCCCGCCGCCCGCAGGACCCGCGGCCGAAGCCCGCCGCCCCGGCCCGGACGCGCGACCGUGGGGACGCUCCGCUCUUCUGCGGCUCCAAACUAUUUAUCCUGUGUGUGCACAUUGUGGGUGCAGUUUGUGCGACUGAUUUUUGUUGUUGUUUGGAAAAUACUGUGCGUGGUCAAUGUGGUUGUCGGGGGAAGAUGCGUUUUUAUUUUCCUAGUCCUAAAACUUAAAAAAACUUGAGUCUGUCAUUUCUUGGUUGCACUGAAAACACCGCCCAGCCUGAUGGUUUUCCCGUGCGAGGCCCCCUCCCCGCCCCCGCCACUCCUCCCUUCCCUCCCCCCCUUACACGCGGACAUACUCCUCGGAGCGCGACUGGGGAGCCCCGGGCCUCCCUCUGCCCUCUCCCGUGGGAGGCCGUGCCCCGACCCUGCUGGCUUUGCAGAGGCUCCUCGGGGGCUGGGGUGGCGUGAGGCCUUUUCUAGCGACUUCUAUUCUAGGUAGUUGGUUGCACACUUUUUUAAAAAAAGUAAAUGGAUUUGCCACGAUUAAAUGUCAUAACAUUUAUGACAGAAUAUAAAAUAUUAACAUAUUUUAAGCCAAGUUUUAGGUGUAUUUGUUGAAUCUUGGUUAUAAACCCAAUUUUAAAGGGCGUUGUAUCCAGCGUUGUGAAGGCAACAGUGUACCCAUAUUUAUAUUUUUAUAAAAUACCUAUAAGACUGUGAAUCUCUUGUGCUAAUUGCUGAGUGAGUUGAAGGACUGUGUUGUCUUCAGCCUCCCGGAGCCGCCCGGACCCGAUUCGAAUCCCGACGUGGGGGAGGGGCCGCGCGGGGACCUGGGCCGGGGCGGGGCUUCUGCGUCACUAUUCCCGAAAGGCGCCCUUCCUGGUCUCCGAGGUUCCCAUUUUCUAUGCAACCCCACACCCCUUGUUGUUUUGAUCCCGAGAAAUAAAAGGGAGGCUGAAUUAUUCAAAUUUAAAUGAGGCUUCCCCUGGGUAGAGUGCUGCUGACCCUUCGUGCAGAAAUGGGGAGCACUUGAGGACACAGGUGGGUGGAGGCCCUUUGUGCGCGGCUGGUCAGACCCGGGCAGUCAUCUGGGGCCUUUUAUAAACCCUUGUGUGAGAAGAAUAUAUUGAUAAUGUCAGUGAAACAAGCAGACAUUGAAACUGAGGCACAGAUUACUCCAAAAGGAGUUUUUCUGUAUAUUUUUUUCUAGAUGCAAAUACCUUUUUAAUUAUGUUAAUUAAUGUUAAGACUUUCUAGGCUUAUAUGGAAGCUGUGUGUGGGUCCUGGUAUGAUCACUUCUAACUGGAUAAAGUCUGCAGCACAUUCCUGAGCGUACGAUAUAGACUUGUAGCCCAGCAUGAAAAAUUUAUGAAUAAAUUUUUCAUUGAUUUUUUUUUUAAUUAAAAAAA